GUAAAGUUGCCUUUGUACCUCAUCUUACUACAGGGAAGUUAAAGUGAAGGACAAGCUGCUAAAAUGACAAGCAACAUAGGCGACAGUUCUGGCAAGGUCCUGACCCUCGAUGAUCUCAUCGAGGCGAUGGACAAGCGGGAAAGAACGCCGAGAAGUGUCCCCAAAGUCGACACCUUCCACUUCAAUGGGGAACGAGUCUCUGAGUGGCUGGACCUAGUGGAGCAAGCCUUGGUGGGAGUACCAGACGAGACGAAAUUCAAACGCAUCCUGCAGUAUGUGCUCCAUAAGCACCAUCCGGAAGUACAGAAGGUGGUCGACGACGCUAACGGCGACUGGGCUAAAUUUAGGGAAGGGAUGCAACGGAAGUACAGGCUGGGAGACGGCCUGCUGACUAUGGCGGACCUAGAGUCAAUGAAUAGGGACGACUUCACCACCAUUGGGCCGUUCCUGCAAGAAUUCAAAAAGAAGGCGAGAAAGGUUGAGCAGCACCAGGUAAGACUACAGAGGCAGAAAAGGAAGGAAAGGGAUGCGGCUGGGACGCCAGGAGUAAAGAAGAUCAUAACCGACGUGCUAGCAGGGCUAGACCCGGUGAUACAGCGGAAGGUGAUGGCGGCGGUCCAGGAAAAAGGCAAAGGGGCCGCGGUGGAGGAGGCUACCCAGGAAGGAUGGGAAGAGGAGGGGCCGGUACCUCCACACCUUACGAAGGCGCAACCAUGCGGGAAUUACGAAGUGGUUACCUGCCGGAACACUGGGCCAAGGAGUCUCAGGAACAGGCCCAACCCUGGCUCGUUCACGAUUGAGGAGUCAGAAGACGCGCAUCGGAGGCUUAGGGCAGAGCCCGAGGAGGAAGUAGAAGGUGAAGCCUUCUCGCUCAGCCUGUCAGAUGUGGGAAAGGCCAUGGAUAUAGUGGCCACGCACGAGACGGCCGAUCCGGAUGCCAUUCAGGCGUUGAGGGAGCAGGUUCUGGAGUAUCCUCAGGAUCAGGAGUGGACCUUGGGUGAGGAUCAGGAAGAGGUUGUGGCCAACAUGAAAGAGGAGUUCCGGGAAGGAGGAUUGGUGCUGGGAGCGCCCGAUUAUGACGCUACGGAGACGAGACCAUUCAUUGUGGAAACCGAUGCAGGACCGACAACCUUGGGUGGAGUUCUAAUCCAAGCAGACAUCACGGGGAAGGAGAGGCCGUUGCGCUUUGAGAGUCGCACGCUGUGUACGCCAGAAAGAAACUACUCUCAAUUCAAGAGGGAGACCCUCGCCGUCCUUCAUUGCCUGCGGAUUUUUCGAAACUACAUCUUCGGCAGGAGGUUCAUCUUAAGGGUAGACCCAACGACUCUGGCUUUCUUUCUGAGGAAUUAUGUUCCGUCCGAUCCAACAGUAGCCAGGUGGUUGACAUACAUCUGGAUGUUCAACUUCGAGUUGGAACGGAUCCCAGGGAACAAGAACAGGGCAGAUGGGCUAAGUCGCAUCAACUGGGAUAGGCAGGACGGGGAAGCUGUAGAGGAUACGCCCCCUGUUGAUGGCUUUCUGGACCAGGACGAGGACAUCCGCCUCCACAUCAAUAAGUGGUCCCCACGAGUCCCCAGCUGCGUUGGCCAUCCUAUCUGGCAUGCGCCUAAGGGAUAUGAGCGGAAAGCUGAGUUAGUGUUCAAGCCUUUCGAAGAAGAGGAUCCCUGGGGUGGUAGGGACGUCCAAUGCAUGACCAACAUGGCACUCGCAGGUGACCAUUGUAUGGUGGAUGAGGUACUGACGAUAGAGGAGGGCCCGGAUAAGGUAAAGUGUCACGAGGAAUUAAUAGGAGGGAUGUACCUCCUCAUCAAUACGCUUCUGCAGGAGUCCCUUGAUCUGGAGAGCUCACUGAAUCCGGCCGAAGGAAGAGAUACUGCGUUGGAGAGCCAGGAUGACGAGUUCGAAGAGGGAGAGAUCAAGGAGGCAUUCCUCACAGAGGAGUAUGAUGGGAUUUACCUAGAGCUGGGACUUCUCUUAUCCUGCGAGAUGCGUGAUAGAGACGCAAGCCAUAGGGCGCAGAUGAUGAGGGAUCGCUACCUAGUAAGAGACGGUCAUCUCUUCAUAAGGAGGAAAGUAGGAAACCCCAGGCGGGUGGUGUGUGGUCGCAACUGUCAGAUCGACAUCAUAGCAGCGCUUCACGAUGUCAUUGCGGGCGGACACCAGGGAGUUACUGCCACAUAUGCCAAAAUAAGUGAGCUAUACUAUUGGGACGGGAUGAUGGAGAUGGUUGGAAAAUUCUACCAGUCCUGUGUGCCGUGCCAGGAGCAGUCUCGUCUAAGGCCAGGAGAGCCACUGCAUCCAAGGCUGGAGAGAGAGGUCGGGGCCGUAGUCCACCUCGACUUAUUGUUCAUGCCCCUUGGAGACCAUGGCUACAAUUAUAUCUUCGAUGCGCGCGACAACCUAUCUGGCUUUGUAGAUGGACGCGCGAUCCGUACGAAGACUGGGCCAGUUUUAGUCAGCUGCAUCGAGGAGUAUUAUCUGCGCUACCCGUUCGUUAGAGAAUUCGUAAUGGACAGGGGGUCAGAGUUCACAUGUCAAGAGGUUCAAGACUUGCUAUCACGAUAUGGCUUGGUAGCUAACUACACCACGGCCGCGCACCCUCAGGCGAAUGCUCCAGUGGAAAGGGGCCAUAGUACCAUUACGGCGCUACUAGCAAAAUGGACCGAAGGUAAGCCCAGCCAGUGGCCGAGGUAUCUGAGGGCCGCCUUCUUCGUUGAGAACAUCACAGUGAAAAGGACCACUAAGUACGCGCCGGCCACACUGUGGUAUGGAAGACAUGCUACCUUUCCAAUCGAGAGCUUCCUAAAGACUUGGAGGCGUCAGGACUUGGAGGAAGCUGGACAAGAGGUGGUUAGGUCCCUAUCGGAUCGUGCGAUGCGGAGAGAUCAGCGCAUACCAGAUCGAGGAGCUGAAUGGAACGGGGUGGAAAGACUGGGUGUCAGGGACAAGAUUGAAGAAGUUCGUGGCCAGAGAAGAGCCAUGCCAAGAGGAGGGAGGGGGACACGGCCACCACGACGACCGGCGGGAGCAUCAGGAGGGCAUGGACGGCAUGGGCCUUACCGUCGAGCAAGCACUCCAGUAUAUAACGAUGGGGAUAUCGAGUUAUUCAUGAACGAGUUCUGGGGCCAUGCUGACCAUAUGGGGUGGACCGUGACUCGGACGAUCGAGAGGCUGAGGGGAGUUGGCAGGUUUACGGAGCCCAUCGCACAGAUUCGCAGGGAGGCCCGAACGAGGUCGGAAGUGGAGGCGCGGAUGCAGGAACUACGACCAUCGCCUGUGGGGCCUGAUGGCAGGCCUAUUCGACUGGAGAUUGGAAAUGCAGAUGACUUCAUCCCAGCAUUCGAGCAAUUCAUGCAGGGCCAUGCAAUACUGCGAAGCGAGUGGAUGACGACGUUACCCCUGUGGACCCGAAAGGCGGAAAGACCUUUGGCCAGACAGAUCAGAGGUAUGGCCCGAGAUUGGGAUGGUUGUAAAGCGCACUUGAGGGCGGCAUUCCGGCAGCCAGAACCACCUCGGCCUAGAGUCGAAAGGCCCCUCAGGAGUUGUAGGCAGAGGGAACCUGAGCCCGCUGAGGACCGAACCUCGCGAAGAGGACGGAAGGCGCUCGCUAGGCGAGAGGAGGAAACGGUACCUGAGGCAGAGGAGCGAGGAGAAGGCCCCGAGUGUGAAUUGGGACCAGUAGAGUUCCAUCGCUAUACCGGAACAGGGCUGGGAGGAUCUCCGCAACACACGCAGCGGGAGGUACCAGCGUCUGGAGGGUCAUUACAAGAGUUAGAAGCGCAUCUGGACGCAGCCCAGUGGAGAGAGCCGCCGAUGAGUGAGAGGCGCAUUGAGGCCAUCGCGGAAGUACCACAAGAGGACGUUCCAGACCCUGAACAAGAGGAGGGGCCGAGUGCUCCGAAAGACCGGAUUGGGGAUGAGAUCAUAGAAGUUGAGGAAGACACUCCCCCUCAGGGACCAGCCGUGGGGCUGAGGCUCGGUAGUCUACUCAAGAGCCCGCCAGAUACGAGGAAGAAAGUACAAAGGGAGGAAGUCUCGAUCUCAGUGCCAGAGAUAGCCCUAUCGCCGACAGGAAUGGAGGCAAGUGAGGCGGAGGGGGCUAGUCUGAGGAGGGAGGCAGACAGUCUGAUUGAUAGCCAUCUGGCCGCCCACGCCCUGGAGCAGCCUAAUCUGGAAGAGGUCAUACCUGUGGAGUUACCCCGGGAACCAGGCAAGGCAGAGGUCGAAACCUCAGGAGGAAAUCGGGGAUGUCAGGAGGUACUCCCAAAUCCGGCUGAGGUACUCCCAAAUCCGGCUGAGGAGUUGACGAUCCCAAGAGAGAGGUGGAAUCGGGGAUGUCAGGAGGAAAUCCGGCAGGAGGGGCAACGAUUGGAAGCGGCAGAGGUACUCCCAAAUCCGCCACCGCCCUACAAACCAUAUGGGCUCCGGGAGAUGUGGGGAAAGUUUCUUACUCGUCAUGGCGAAGGGUUGACGACCCCAGGCAAGGCAGAGGUCGAAACCUCACAAAGGGCUGAUGAGUAUUUGGAUCAGAGGAUUCGCUCUGUAUCCAAGACCUCCUUUGACAGGUAUAUGAUGUUGGAGGCGGAUCUGAGAGGGAAGGAACUGAAGGAAGCAGGGCUGGAGUCACGGUUGGGGACCAUUGAGGCAAAAGUCCGAGGGCUCAGGGCUCUGGUGACUAGCCAGGCCGCCACCAUCCUGGAAUUGAAGCAGCAACUCCAUGACGGCAGGAAUGGGGUGGAGAGUAACAGGCCAGGAGAGCGGAGGCAACCGGGACAUGGCGUAUCAGAGCAACCAGCUGUGGCCGAGCCUCAACAAGAGGCACCUAUGGGAAGAGUCAUUUUGGAGCCUGAGGAGGCAGAGGCCAAGAGGAAGGCUGAGAGGGAAGCCUUCGAAUUCAGAGCCCCUACGGAACUUGCGGUACUACCCACGAUGGCUGCAGACCCUGCCAUGCCACCGUCACUUGAGGAGAGACUGCCCUCGGACAGUGAUGAGCCUCCCCAAGGCUCGACAGGAGGGUCCUUAGACGUGCUACUGGAAGCAGUCCACUCUAUGCAGGAGGAUGCUGGCUUGUUUUCACCAGAGUCCAAGUUGGAAGAGCCCCUGGAGAGCGAGAUGGGAGGUGCAAUGGAGGGCAUCAUCGCAGGCAGGCCCCAGGGGUUGGAUACUCCUGACUAUGAGCCAGAGGGAGCAAGGGCGCAACCAGAGCCCAGUCCGCGAGAGUCGGAGGCAGGAUCUGAGAGACCCAGAGAUGUGCCUCAGUGCCAUGAGUUGGACGGAGAGGCCAGGGAAACCCCAUCGCCAGCAGGGCCCCAGCGGAAGAAGAAAAGGCCUAGGAAGUCUUUUGACUCGACCUGCUUCUAUUGUACGAAAGAAGAGCACAGUGCAUUGCAGUGCCUCAAGUUCCUAAAGGACUAGGCAGAUGGGAAAGUCUCGGAGUAUGAUGGGAAGAUGUAUGAUAGGGAGGGUAGAGUGGUGGAACGAGCUGUAGAUGGGGGUAGAGCUCAGUUGUACAGGCAGAACCAGGCGGAGAUGAGUGAGUAGGGUCUGGUCCACCUGAUUAAAAACUGGAUAUUUCUUUGACGAUGUUGCUAUUACUUAGGCAGGGUGGACACCUACGACGUUGAGUGUGUAGAUGGGACCUACGACGUGGGAUGGUCGCUGUAACUAGGAUCAUGUAAAAUAGGGGACGUACACUAAGUGGCAAUAAAAUACUGAAUUGUUU